UAAACGUAUACUUUUAUAUAGGUAAAUAAUAUUAUACAUAUUAUGUCAUUGCCGUGUAACAGUGAUGAUGACUUCGUCGUCCAACCACGUACCGAGUCUGAGCUAUUGGAAGCUGAGAUGUUUCGUACUGAAUACCUUACCGACCACCAUACACGGUCGGACUCGUUUUGCGACGGUGAUCGGAAAAGUUGCCUGUCGGUACGGGACCAGAGCGUUCUUGGACAGUCCGAGGAACACGCGAAACCUGACGGACGUCCUGAGCGUAUUGUUGCAGUCAAAACGGUUCAGGCUGAUCGACAGUUGUACAAAUCCACCUGCUGCUGUACGUCAUGUCAAAUGCAGUAAGCCUUCGCGUUCAGAUUCUAGACGACCGUCCUCCAAACAACUAGUAUGUAAAAUGUGCUACCCAUCAAAUAACAAGUGAUUCGCUCGAUACACAUUAUCUUCAGGGUAAUCACAAAACAUGCGAAUUUUGGUCAUAAACUUAUUGGAAUCGGAAUAAUAGUACAGUUAUCCAUUAUGUACAACAAUAAUAUAAAAUAUACACAUAUUAAAUGUAUUUUUUAAGCUAAUAAUACAAAAACCAUUAUAAUUUUUAAA